GCGGGGGCGGGGCGGGCCCAGGUGGAGUUGCCUUGUGGCUGCGCGGAAGCUGGGAUUCUGCUCGGCGGCGGGGCGAGGCCCAGGUCUAGAUAGGGCGGACCGGUGGUGGCGGGGGCAGAGCGGCCCACGAUGAGGUGCUGCCGCCUCUGCGUCUUCGACGCCGCCCGGGGGCCCAGGCGGCUGAUGCGUGUGGGCCUCGCUCUGAUCCUGGUGGGCCACGUGAACCUUCUGGUGGGCGCUGUGCUGCAUGGUACUGUCCUGCGGCACGUGGCCAACCCCCGUGGUGCGGUCACACCGGAAUACACCACGGCCAAUGUCAUCUCGGUGGGCUCGGGGCUGCUGAGCGUUUCCGUGGGACUUGUGGCCCUCUUGGCAUCCAGGAACCUUCUUCGUCCACGACUGCACUGGGCCCUGCUGACGCUGGCCUUAGUGAAUCUGCUUGUGUCUGCUGCCUGCUCCAUGGGCCUCCUUCUUGCUGUGUCGCUCACUGUUGCCAAUGGUGGCCGCCGCCUUAUUGCCGACUGCCAUCCAGGACUGCUGGAUCCCUCCAUACCACUGGACCAGGGGCCUGGACACACUGACUGCCCCUUUGAUCCCACAAGAAUUUAUGAUACAGCCUUGGCUCUCUGGAUCCCCUCUCUGUUCAUGUCUGCAGGCGAGGCUGCUCUUUCUGGUUACUGUAGUGUAGCUGCACUCACCCUGCGGGGAAUUGGGCCCUGCAGGAAGGAAGGGCUGCAGGAGCAGCUGGAGGAACUGACCGACCUUGAACCUUCUGAGUGUAAAAGGCCUGAAAACGUGCAGCUACUCCAUCACCACCAGGAUUUCCAGACUAAACAGAAAACCUGGGUUUAGGACAGGUAAAAGGCCCCAGGCAGCUGCUCUUCUGAGGCGUAAUCCACAGGUGUUUUCUACUACACAAGGGGCCCUGACCCGAGGGUGAUAUAAAUAAUUGUAAU